AAUUUUACAAAUAACAUUAUUUAUUUAUUUUUAUAGCAGAAGAAAAAGAAAAAAAAAGAGGCUGUUUUUCAGUAUGAUAUUUAAGAGCAAAAUAUAUAUAUAUAUAAAGCCAAAAAAGAAAAGAAAAAAAAAACUUCAUAUUCAUCUUCUUCAUCUUCUUUUUCUUCAAAAAUCGAAUCAAGCAGAAAAACCACUCUCCCUUAAAGUAACAACAAAUUUAAACAAAGCAUGGCUGUUGCUGAAAAGUUAGAGAAACACGGUGUCCGAUGGGCUCCAAUUACUGGCAUCCCACUUGAACGUCGGCUUCAAACCCUGGCUGUGAGUGGUUUGAUUGGAUUAUUCUUCUGCUCGUCUGCAUUUAUGGUCUACCUCUUUGUGUUCCACCCAGUACUAUGGCCGGUUUUGAUCGUCUAUCUUACAUUCAUCGUUUUUGACAAAGCUCCCGAAUACUGUGGUCGUCGUGUAGAAUGGGUUAGAUACUGGAAAGUCUGGCAAUAUUUCUGUAAUUAUUUUCCUGUACAACUUAUAAAGGAAUGUGAUUUGGACCCCAAGGGUAAUUAUAUAUUUGGGUAUCAUCCCCACGGCAUCAUCUCGUUUGGUGCAUUUUCCAACUUUGCCACCGAAGGUACUGGGUUCUCCAAAAAGUUCCCGGGUAUCACUCCUUACCUGCUCACACUAUCUGGAAACUUCCGCUUCCCAUUUUUCCGUGACCUUGCCCUGAUGCUUGGCUUGACAAGUGCGUCGCGCCAGUCCUGUGAGCGUAUUCUCUCGGCUGGACCGGGCCACUCUUUGGUGUUAGUGGUCGGAGGUGCUACUGAAUCCUUGUCGGCCAGACCAGGCACAAACGACUUGAUCCUUCGCAAGAGAUUUGGAUUCGUUCGGCUGGCAAUUAAACAAAAGGCUUCUUUGGUCCCCAUGUUUUCGUUUGGUGAGAAUGACUUGUAUGAUCAGUUUGACAAUUCAGAAGGCUCCAAGAUCUUUGAGAUCCAAAAGAAAAUUCAGUCCAUCUUUGGUUUCACUCUGCCUUUAUUCCAUGCUCGUGGUAUCUUUAAUUAUGAUGUUGGUAUCAUUCCUUUCCGCCAUCCUAUUGCUACUGUUGUUGGUAAGCCCAUUCCUGUACCAGAGUUUGAGGGUGAUGAACCUACCCAGGAACAGAUUGUCGCUGUUCAAAAGCUGUACAUUGAGGAAUUGCAGAGCAUUUACGACAAGUACAAGGAUGUUUACGCCAAAGAUCGCAAGCAAGAAUUGCGUCUGAUUCAUUAG